UUUCAUUUGAAGAUUUCAACGGUUUUGCGUCUAAUCUUGGUGAAUUUUUACUUGUUAAUGGAUAAAAACUGUUUAUUUACACAAUGAACCCGCUAAACUACAUAAGUGACGAAGAAUUCCUGCCUUUCCUCCAAAGUUUGGAAGUAGAAAGUGAUAGAAAGUCCUUUGAAUGGAUGUUCAACGAUCCCGAGCUUUCUGGUAUUUUACAGUGGCUUUACAAUAGUUUGGAUCACUCCAAUGCAUUAACUGCUCGUGAAAAAUACAGAUACACAGAAAUUGAGCAGCACCUCCUUUCUCCGGAAGACCUGGACAGCUACGUAUCCUCACUACAAGAAGAGUUCCCAGGUCUCUGCCUACCCGGACACCAGGAGUCCCUGCAGGCGGCCAAGACGGAUGUUCAGAUGCAGAAUGAGAGGCUGAAGAUGUUGGAGAAACAUGAGGCCGUUGUUAAGGAUCUUGUUAAGAGGAAUGACCUGGCAAAAGAAGAGCUAAGCCGAGAGAUCACCAAGCUAAACUCAGCGCAGCACCAGCUAGCCCAGGAUGAGGCAGCGUCAGCAAACGAAUGCGUCUCAUUGGCUGGAGAACUUGAGACGCUGACAGAUGGCGUAGUUGAUGUAAUUGCUGACAGCUUGAGUUUGUACAGCAACGCACAUGGGGAUAAAGAAAUAGCAAAAAAGUUCCUCAGCUUCGGUCCAUUCGAGUCCUACAAGCAAGCACAGACGCUAUACGCGUCCCACUUCGACUUGUACGUGUCCCGCAAGUUCAAUAAGAGACAGAAUGAUGCGGUCACUGAUGGGGAUCUACGGUGUGCUCUGAUUGAAGCUUCCGUUAUGGGAGAGAGAUUAUCCAGCGCAGCGUUGACGUACAUAGACGCUAAGACGGAAUUGGCAGGCGAGCAAGCGAAGCUCGCUCUAGUUGCCAACUACCAGAACGUUCAUCCCAGUAGAAUAGCUCAUUUAUCGCUUGAAGAGCAAGCUGCCUUAGACCUAGAACAAGAAGAACCUAUCCUGGAUCAACAAAUACAAGAUGCAGUGAAGGAGUUUGUCGAAGGCCGUACCAGAUUAGCGGCCGAGACCACUGCGAGGUCUGCUUUGACUGUCAGAGAACGAAUUCACUCUGACCUAAGUCACCUCCUCGACGUGUCGCAGCAGGCCUUGUGUCUCGACCGGACACUAUACUACUGUCUGCGCGCGGCUUUGCGCAACGUUCAGGAGUUUUUGCAACUAACAAGUCAACUAAAAGAGUAUUAUACGUCUGAAAGUGCCGCGGCUGCUGACAGGAUCAAAUCAAUGAACGAGAUAUGCUUCGAGCAGGAAUGCUGCGAGCGCCGCCUCGACUCGUCAGACCAACUGCUCGACACUCUCCGGACCAUUCUCAACGUCAAGUCCAAUGAUUCGUUACUGCUGAAUAAGAAUUAUUGUGAGCUGAGAGCGGACAUCCUCGCCUUAAGGGACGCUGUGUAUGAGAGCUAUGAGAAUAGGGAACAAGCGUGUCUUAACUUCCAAAAAACAACCUUACCCCUUCGCAACUACAUCUGGGACGGCUGCACCAAGCUGCCCAACUGCUGGAACACCUCAGUGGCAGCCAUGACACACAACUUGCAGCAGACGAUGGAGCAGGCCGAGAGGAAAGUGGCCGAGGCCGGCGGGGGGUACUCCUCUGUCAAGAAUGGCGACAAGCAGGGUCUCCGUAAGCUGUGGCAGUACUUCUUGACCGACCAGAAUAAGCUGGCGGCGGCCAUGCGAGCGGCGCAAACUAGGAGCUUCUGUUAGUACUUCUGUUACUUUUUAGAGUAAAACCCUAUUACUAAGGCUAUGUUCCGAAUCACGCUCACAACGCUUACGGUGCUGGCUGUCGGUCCGAAUCAGUUAGCUAACUGAAAUUUUUUUCGCGCCUGUCCUCUGUCCUGUCAUUGUCAAACGUCACCUUGACGUUUGCGCUCAAGGUGCUUACGCCUGGGAGUGUGAGCAUCGUGAGCGCCGUCCAAUGACGUCAUUAAUGACGUCACGAUAUCUCAUGUAAGCGCUAUGAGCGUGAAUCGGUCCAGUCGUGAGCGUGCUGUGAGCGCUGUGAGCGUGAUUCGGAACAUAGCCUAAGACUCCACUGUCCGUCUGUCUAUCUGUCUGUCACCAGACUGUAUCUCAUGAACCGUGAUAGCUAGGCAGUUGAAAUUUUCACGGAUGAUGUAUUUCUGUUGCCGCUAUAACAACAAAUGCUAAAAACAAUAUAAUUAAUAUUUAAGUGGGGCUCCCAUACAACAGGCACAACAGCCGUGAUUAUUUUACCGUGUUUUGCGUAAUGGUACGGAACCCUUCGUGCGCGAGUCCGACUCGCACUUGGCCGGUUUUUGUUAUAUUCUGGUCGUACUGUCUGUUAGCCGUAGUAGUAGUCAUAUUAUAUUGCCAAGCGUGUACCGUGGAAUGUAGAUUCCAUGGUACAUAUAUAUAUUAAAGAUUCAAGCGAUUAUAUCAAAUGACCACAAAAAAGUACAAAGGAAAAUAUAUGUGUAUAUAUGUAAUAUGUGUAUAUAAAUAAUAUGAAAGUAUACGUAAAGUUGGGUGAAAUGCGAAAACGUAUAAAUAACAGCUUUUUCUUGGCAUUAGAUACUAUAAUAUGUUAAAUUGAGACUGAAUUAGUAUUUUAAAGAAAUUUUGUCGACGCGGUGCUUAUCACAAUAAUUUAAAUCCACGAAAAUUUGUCAAGAAAUAUCAUUUUAUGACAGAAAUAAAUAAAUAUGAAACGUGAACCAAAUGUUGAGGACUUUGAUGGUAUAAUUAUGUUAUGUACCAAAAGACAUUUGUUUUCGUAAAUUAUGUUUAAUUUAAAUAACUAUGUAACAGUAUAAAAUUCUAAAAUAAAUACUAAUUUUGAUCACA